AAAGGAGAGAACCAAAUUCACUACGUCUCAUUGAUUCAUUCAUUCACUUAACUUCACUCUCUCUCUCUCUCUCUCUCUCGCUCUGUCGCUCUACUACACGAGCAACAUGACGCUCGUUGGGGUCUUAGCUUUACAGGGAUCUUUCAACGAACACAUAGCAGUUCUUAGGAGGUUAGGGGUGAAAGGUGUGGAGAUUAGGAAGCCAGAGCAGCUUCAAAAUGUUACUUCCCUCAUCAUACCUGGUGGAGAAAGCACCACCAUGGCCAAGCUUGCUGAGUACCAUAACCUGUUUCCUUCACUUCGAGAGUUUGUGAAAAUGGGAAGGCCUGUUUGGGGAACCUGUGCAGGGCUCAUAUUCUUGGCUGAUAAAGCUACAGGACAGAAGACUGGUGGACAACAACUGGUUGGUGGACUUGAUUGUACUGUCCAUAGAAAUUUCUUUGGCAGCCAGAUUCAAAGCUUUGAAGCCGAGGUUUUAGCACCAGAGGUUGCAUCAAAAGAAGGCGGUCCUGAAACUUUUCGUGGAGUUUUCAUUCGUGCUCCAGCAAUCCUUGAAGCUGGGCCAGAAGUUCAAGUUCUGGCUGAUUAUCCUGUCCCUUCUAACAUAUCAACAAGUCCCUAUUCCUCUGGUGAAGAGCAAAAGGAGAAUGUUGAACAAAGUAAAGUUAUAGUUGCUGUCAGACAAGGGAACAUACUAGCCACUGCUUUCCAUCCUGAAUUGACAGCAGAUACUCGCUGGCAUAGUUAUUUCUUAAAGAUGGCAAAUGAGAUUGCAGAGACUUCAAAUAGCCAACUCCAACUCCAAGUUAAUAUAAAUUAUAGCCAAAAGCAGCUGAAUGAACUUCCAAUCUUCCAAUAGAACAGGCAAUGAUCAAGCUUAUCAUGGCAACUAUGGAUGAAUAUUUGUUUAUUUAGUGAUGUGCAAUUUCCUUUGAAAAUGACGUUGGAUAAGUUUUAUAGUCAUGGGAUGUCUAAUGAUUUUUU